CCGGAAAAACGCGAGCGUCGCCCCCGGUCGUGCAUUCCCAGGCCGGGGCUUUUGGCCAAAGAGACGUCGGAGCGCUGGCGAGGAGACGACGGAGCGGUGAAGGAGACGACUGAUUUAGCCGGUACUAGGGAUGUGUCAGUUUUUGUAGAGGCUGUCGAGGUGGAGGAUGGCCUGGUGGGAGACAAUGAGGAACCAGACUUGUUUCAAGGUUUGCCGAAGGAAACUGAAGAUAUUGGGGAUGAAGUUGAGCAGCCUGGUGGUGUUGAAGAUGAUUACCUUGACGUGGAAGAAGGAUCAGCUGCUUCUUCCGAUGAGGCUGCUAGAGAAACCAAUCCAAGGAUUAAGAAGGCAAUGCCGGGGAGGCCUAAGAAGAAAAGAAGAAAUGAGGCGGCUGAACUCGAAGCUCGAGUGAAUAAGAAUGGUUGGGGACACUCAAUUGGGUGUGAAGGAAUGGUGAUGCAUUGCAGCAAGUGUCGAGGUACAAGACAUAAUGCUAGAAAGUGUCCCAAUUCACCAUUUGUUCCGAGUGAACCAGUUAUGGAAACGUCCAAGAGGGCCAUCCAUUGUGGUUCGUGUAAACAGGCUGGACAUAAUGCUAGGAAGUGUCCACUGAACAUGGGAAUUCAAUUUACGAGGGUGGAGAAUGUUGGAGUUCGUAGUUCUGCAGAAGUUUUCGAUACCCAACCAAUUGAGAUUGAUGCGACACAGCGACCAACAACUCAACCUGAGUAG